UUGGAUUAGGGAGUGAAACAUAUUAGUCCGAAACCUGUGUUUGGAAACACGCGGGAUUAAGCCUUAAUGAACUUAGCUAAUCCGCGCGUCUCUUAAUUUCGGGAUUACAGAGAGGCCCCGAUUUUGGGCGGACUCUCUAACACAUUUCGCCCUAAUCUCACGUCGCCUCCUCAGUCACUCUCACCUCGCCUCCUCAUUCUCUCCUCGCCAUUGCCUCAUCUCCUCCUCAGUCUAGAUUGCCCUCACCUUGCCUAGGCUCGCCUCGCCUCCUCACUCGGGAUCCGGCUUGCUUCGCCUCCUCACUCGGGAUUCGGCUUGCUUCGCCUCCUCACUCGGGAUUCGGCUUGCUUCGCCUCCUCACUCUGGAUCCUCCUCGCCUCACCUCCUCACUCUGGAUCACUCUCACGUCGUCUAGAUCAUUUUUCUCACCAGAUCCCCGAGCACUUGUGGUCCUUCAUCCUGUGCAUCGUCGUCCGAUCCAGUUGCUUGGUACCAUCGUUGACUCAUCUCCGGUGUUACCACCAAUCUCAGCAGCAGCAGAAAGAAGGCACAAAACAAAAACAGAGGGAUUUUGUGCAUUUCAGACAAAGACAAGAAGCUAAGAAGAUAAUGGAUCGAAGACAAAUUUUGUUGCUCUUAUUGGUGGAGUUGUGGCACCUACAAACCAUGUGUGCUUGCACUAUGCUUGUGCAAAUGUUGUUUAAUUUGAGGAGAAGGCAUGCUUAAACACAUGCCUUAAAUAAUCGUUCAUUGAUAAGACAUCAAACACGUUUGACUUAUUUAGAUAGUAUCAUAGGUAAUAGUGACAGUGAGUGUGUAAACGAAUUGAGAAUGGAUAGAAGGUGUUUUGGUCUAUUGUGUGAAUUGUUGCGCACAGAUGGGAGGAUUAAAAAUGAUGGUUUGGUGUCAGUGGAAGAGCAAGUGUGUUGUUUUGUACAUACACUUGCCCAUCAUGUGAAAAAUCGUACGAUUAGAGGUAGAUUUUAUAGAUCUGGAGAGACAGUUAGUAGGUACUUCAAUUCAGUGUUACAAGGUGUCUUACGAUUGCAAGAGAGUUUGUUGAGGGUACCCGAUCCGGUUCUUGCUGAAUGCACAGAUCCUCGAUGGAAGUGUUUUAAGAAUUGCUUGGGGGCACUAGAUGGGACUUAUAUUAGAGUACGUGUGCCUGCAAAUGACAAGCCAAGAUAUCGAACAAGAAAGGGUGAAGUUGCUACAAAUGUGUUGGCUGUUUGUUCUCGUGAUUUGCAAUUCAUAUUUGUUUUACCGGGUUGGGAGGGGUCGGCAUCUGACUCUAGGGUUCUUCAUGAUGCAGUCACUAGGCCUAAUGGAUUAAGAGUUCCCACCGGUUAUUAUUACCUUGUAGAUGGUGGUUAUACGAAUGGUGAGGGAUUUCUUGCACCAUAUAGAGGAACAAGGUAUCAUUUAUCAGAAUGGGAUGGUGGAAAUUUGCCUAGGGAUCAUGUGGAAUACUUUAACAUGAAGCAUUCAAAGGCAAGAAAUGUGAUAGAACGUUGUUUUGGAAUGCUGAAAGGAAGAUGGGCAAUACUAAGAAGUCAUUCAUUUUAUCCAAUAAAGACACAAUGUCGUAUAAUUACAGCUUGUUGUCUUUUACACAAUUUGAUUAGGAGAGAAAUGUCUGUGGACCCACUGGAGAAUGCAGUAUUUCCUAUUGAGACGCAAAACGGGGAAGAUGUCAAUAUAAUUGACAACGUUGAGUCCUCUGAUCAGUGGACUGCAUGGAGGAAUGAAAUAGCUUUAAGUAUGUAUAAUCAGUGGACAAGAAGAAGGGUUGCUAGGGCCCUUGCAAGAGCUGCUGAAGUUGAAGAAAAUAGAACAAGGAAUAGAAGAGCUGCAAUGGAUGACAGAGCUGCUAGGGAAGCAAGGGAUUAGAUUGUAGCAAGAGCUGUUGUUGUGUCUAUGACAUUGUAGAACUAUGGAAGGUGGUGGUGAAAACUCUGAACACCAAAAAAGGCGCAAAUGGACCAGCUUUGAAGAGGAAUCUUUGUUGAACAUACUUGAUGCAAUUAUUGCUGGUGGACAACGUUGUGAUACGGGAACGUUCAAAUCUGGUACAAUGAUGAAAAUAGAGCAUGCUCUUAAUGAUUUAUGUCCUAAUUCCAAUUUGAAGGUUAGUCCACACAUAGAAUCAAAGUUGAAGAAACUUAAGAAGGAUUAUAGCAUCAUCUAUGACAUGAUAAACAAGAGUGGAUUUGCAUGGAAUGAUGUUAAAAAGUGUGUGGAAGUUGAUAGUAAUGAAGUGUGGGAGACUUAUGUGAAGAACAACAAAAAUGCAGCAGGUUGGAGAAACAAAUCGUAUCCCUUGUUUGAGAGACUAGCCAACAUCUUUGGGAAGGAUCGUGCAAAUGGUAGUGCAGCUGAAGUCCCUGCUGAAAUGGUGGAGGAUCAUAGCAACAAUGGUGAUGGUGUAGAUCUUGAUAAUGACACAAGUCCCAUGUCAAUAAACAAGGAAUGUAGCCAGCAGUCCCAAGUCAGUAAAAAAAAGAGGAAAAGGAAUGAUGAGGAUCGAGUCAUGCUUGCAUUGGAUAAUUUGUUUGCUGAAUCUGGAAAAAGAAUGCAAAUGGUUACAGAUGCCAUAAUGAAAGGUAAUGAAGACCGACAUGAUAUUGCUAAGGAACUUGAGGAUAUGGGACUUUCUAUUGAUGACCAAAUUAAAGCCGUGGAAUAUAUCUUAGAGAAGCAACAACGUAUUUCUGCGUUCAUUUCCUUGCGUGGUGAAGCGAGGAAAAGAUAUGUUGACAAAAUGCUUGCUAAUGUUGAUGUUGCUGCUGCAAGGACUGAUUUUAGAUGCACUUAGUUUCUGACUGUACACAUUUUGGGGGACAAACCACCGAAACAAGUUAGUUGAGCUCCUUUUGUAUUGUUAGAUAAGCAUUCAUGUCUUUUAACUUGCUUGACAUGUAAAAAUGCUAAAUGAGAAUUCAACUUUUAGUGGUGGACUUGUAUUACAGGUGUGUUGUCUGCUUCGUUGUCAACAGCUUCAAUUGCUAUUACUUCCACUGAUUUAUUCUUGUCAUCUUCAAUAACUUCUGUCUUCUCUGGUUCAUUCUCAGCUACUGCUUCACUAGUGUGUGCCUCCUCUGCUUCUUCAUUUUCAAUUGCUUCAAUAGUUUGUGUCUUUUCCACCUCCUUCUCAACUGCUUCAAUUGCUAUUUUCUCCUCUUCAACUGCUUUAACUGAUGGUUUCUCCCCCUCUGGCACAUUUGCAACCGGUUCAGUUGG